UUAAUUUACUUCUUCCUUGUAGUCCCCAAUGCUUGCGUCGGUUUUAGGUGCGCGCUGGAGCUGAGUUAAGGCGAGUUGAUUUCCAGGUUUAUAGAAGAUUCUGAUGAGAAUAUGGUACUGCUAGAUCUUUUUAUUGCUGCUACAAUACCGGUCCUGAAAGUGCUUUUGAUAACUGCACUUGGGUUAUAUCUUGCUCUAGAUCACGUCAAUAUCUUGGGGGAAGACACCAGGAAGCAUAUGAACAAUGUAGUGUUUUACGUAUUCAAUCCAGCUCUUGUAUCCAGCAACCUUGCAGAAACAAUUACGUAUGAAAGCAUGGUCAAGCUGUGGUUCAUGCCAUUCAAUGUCCUGCUCACAUUUGUUAUUGGUUCAAUACUUGGAUGGAUAGUCAUCCAAUUUACAAGACCUCCGUCACAUUUGCAGGGUUUAAUCUUGGGUUGUUGUGCCGCAGGGAAUAUGGGGAACAUGCUCCUUAUUAUAAUCCCAGCUGUUUGCAAAGAAAAAGGAAGCCCAUUUGGAUCUCCCGAAGUAUGUCAUUCAUAUGGAAUGGGUUAUGUUUCACUUUCAAUGGCGAUUGGAGCCAUUUAUUUGUGGUCUUAUGUCUUCAAUAUCGUCCGAAUAUAUUCAAUCAGUAGCAUCAACGAAUCCACUAUAAAUGAUUCCUCUACCAGCAAAUAUUUUAGGGAAGCAUCCACAUCAGAUCAGGGGAGUUGCACUGAACCACUACUUUCUUCCAAUGAUCUCUUGGUAUCUGAGGACAAUGAGAAUGGAUACGUCCUGCCUUGCACAAGUUCUAAGGGAGAAGCUGAGGCAAGAUUUUCAAGUACGAUAAAGCAACAAUUAAAUAUGAUGAUUGCGAAGAUUAAUAUGAGAUCAGUAUUUGCCCCUUCAACAACUGGAGCGAUUGUUGGAUUUGUAAUUGGACUCGUCCCUCAGAUUAGAAAAUCAAUGAUAGGUGAUGGUGCUCCUCUUCGUGUGAUUCAAGACUCUGCUUCUUUAGUGGGUGAUGGGGCCAUCCCAGCUCUCACCCUAAUUGUCGGAGGUAACCUUCUCAAAGGACUGAGAGGGUCUGGAAUUCGCAAGUCUAUCAUUUUUGGCAUCAUUGUUGCUCGUUAUAUUGCUCUGCCUCUCAUUGGUAUUGUCAUUGUUAAAGGAGCUUCUCGUUUUGGUUUUGUACAAGCUGAUGCACUAUAUCAAUUUGUUCUCCUUCUUCAGUUUGCUGUUCCACCUGCAAUGAACAUAGGUACAAUCACUCAAUUAUUUGGAGCAGGUGAGAGUGAAUGCUCUGUCAUCAUGCUCUGGACUUAUGCCUUAGCCUCAAUUUCGCUUACCUUAUGGUCCACAUUUUUCAUGUGGUUGGUGGCCUGAAUUCUGCUAAAACAAAUAUUUC